UGUAUUAAGACAAGUGCAACAAGAAUUCUUUGAAGACAAUAAAAAUAGACUAAGCGGCAUGGAAGUUUUCGAAGAUAUGGAUGGCGUCAUUAGAUUAAAAUCCCGUAUAAGUAAUAGGAGUGAUUGUGACAACUUCCUUUUUCCUGUGAUAUUACCUGGUAAACAUUUUUUAGUAAACAGACUUAUUUUUGGAGAACACUUAAAGUUAGGGCAUAUUGGCGCACAAAGUUUGAUGUGUAUUUUACGGCAAAAUUUUUGGAUUUUGGGUGGUCGCCGAGCCAUUCGACAUGCGAUAUCAAAGUGCGUAGUAUGCAAGAGACACACAUCGAAGCCGAUUACUGUAAGAUCGCCACCCUUAUCUAUUGAUCGGGUUCGCGAUGCUAUAGAAUUUGAGAUAACCGGUGUUGACUUUGCUGGUCCGUUGUUUGUCAAAUCGGGAGAAAAGAUAUGGAUAUGCCUUUUUACAUGUGCGGUAUAUCGGGCCGUUCAUUUAGAACUUUGUUCAUCUUUAUUGGUUGUGUGUUUCAUGCAAGCAUUGCGUCGGUUUAUUGCCAGGCGGGGUCGCCCUCGGACUAUAUACAGUGAUAACGGGACAAAUUUCGUGGGUACGGACAACGCGUUUUCGCGAGUAGACUUUAAAAAAUUUGCCGAAACUAGUAGUACCGAGCGGAUCCAAUGGCGUUUUAAUCCUCCAACGGCGGCGUGGUGGGGAGGAUUCUGGGAAAGACUUGUCGGAGUGUUGAAACAAUUGUUGCGUAAAGUCUUGGGACGAGCUUUACUGGAUUACGAAAGCUUGUUAACGAUAAUCUGUGAUUGUGAGGCCAUCAAUUCGCGGCCACUCACUUGUUCGUCAACUGACCCUAAUGAGUUGGUACCUUUAACCCCCAUAAUGUUUCUUAGGGAUCAGUUGGUGAGUGGUGUUCCAGAUUGUGAUGCUGUUGACCGUCACUCUCUGUCUAGGAAGGUACAGCAUAGACAGAAAUUGGCAGAGGAUCUUCGUCGAAGGUUUCGUAAUGAAUACCUAGGGCAGUUACAGCUAUGGUCCAAGGGAGGUUCCAGUUAUUAAGUUAGGAUGGGGGAUGUGGUUUUUAUUGGCAAUAACCUAGAUAAGCGGGUUAAUUGGCCGUUAGGGAGGGUUGUUGAGCUGCUAACUGGCAAAGAUGGUGAGGUUCGAGUGGUGCGGGUCAGUUCCGAAAGGGGCCAACUUUUGAGACCUGUACAACGUCUCUACCCCUUGGAAUGUGCAGAAGAGGGCUUUAAUCUAAUGAAUAGCAAGGCAUUGACUAGCCCUAAAUCGAGGUUGGCCGAGGCAAAUGUAGCCUGGGAGGACUCAAGUGAAUCUGCGGGCGAUAUCGAGACCGCGAAUCCGGGAGUGUCCAAAAGCAGAGUACCCGAACCGAACGUAGAUGAUACGGCAUAUGUUUCGCGGAGCGGUCGUACGGUUCGCGUACCGGUCAGGUAUAGGGACAAUGAUUAGGAUUACUUUUACAUAGAGUUAAUUGUUUUAUUUGUGUAGGGUAGGUAGGUAGUAGACAUUUUUAAGGCUUAUUACAUUGUUAUUAUUGAACCUACUUAUUUACAUUGCUUACAUGUUGUCUCUGUUUUAGUUAGGUGAGUCAUGUUUCUUUUGUUUUAAAAACAUGCCUCAGGUGGGAGAAUGUCACGUCAUCCUGAACGACGUCUGUCAGAGCUAUCAAUUUUUAUUUUAUUAUUUCGGUCGGUUUUAUAUUCUCGGGGCCGGGUUAAUAGGUUUUUUGCUUUUUCUGCUUUUUAUUUAAUUUUCAUACAUUACAUAGUCUUUAAUCAUCUUAAAACUGCCUGAUUUUUGUUUGAUAAUAUAAGUGUUUUUUUUUGUCUAAAAUUGUUGGCUUUUAUUAUUGGACCGAACCGCGUAUUAUGUACGACGGGUAGUUUUACAUUAAUACGCACCCGACAAUGCUUGUAUGUUUUAUACAAAGCAAUGAAAAUGCUGAAGAAGCUUUGGAACUAUAUUUCCAUAAAUAUUCGGAGAGAAGGCAACCGUUUUUUGGUAUAUCUGCUUGUUUAAAGGACAAUUUACUUGAGCACGGAUCUUUUGUUUAGCCGUAUCCUAAAGCAUAUAAUAAAGAAAAUAGGGAAGAAAAAGAAAAAUAUAUUUUAGGUUAUAUAGAAGCGACACCCUCGAGCUCAUGCAGAAAAAUUGAAAAAGAAGUGAAAAAGAAGUUUGUCGUUUGGAAAUAUACAUUUUUAAAUGUAUAUUUUUCUCUACUAUAAGAGUCUACAACAGAAAUAUAGUCAAUAUACCUGUCCCCCUCGUCCCUCCU